GUAGAAAAUUCACCGACUGCUUGGUUUUCGCAUUUCGUUACCCCCGCCAACAAGAUGCUGUCAAUUCUAAGAAAAGCGAAGCUCAAGGACAAAGAGCUUCGCAUCCUCAUGCUAGGUCUUGACAAUGCAGGCAAGACGACGAUUGUCAAGAAAAUCAUGAAUGAAGAUGUGAACACGGUCAGCCCAACACUCGGGUUCAUCAUCAAAACCAUAGACUAUGAGGGUUACAAGCUAAACAUUUGGGAUGUUGGUGGCCAAAAAACGCUGCGGUCGUACUGGAGGAAUUACUUUGAAAAGACAGAUGCGUUGAUCUGGGUCGUUGAUGCCACGGACAGGCUUCGCAUUCAGGACUGCAAAGAUGAACUCCACGGUCUGCUCCAGGAAGAGCGACUGUCGGGAGCAAGCUUGCUUGUGUUUGCCAACAAGACCGAUGUAAGGGGGUGCAUGUCUGAGGACGAGCUGCGGGAGGCUUUGCGACUCGAUGAAAUCAGGACGCAUAAGUGGAAUAUUCUGCGGUGUAGUGCCAUGACAGGUGAAAAUCUCAAGGAGGGUUUGGCGUGGGUGGUUGAAGAUGCAAAGGCUCGUCUUUUCCUGUACUAG